CGGCAGACCAAUCAUGCAGACGUCCCAAAAUGAGUAUCGGUGUUACCAGUUCGACGUGGCUCGCUUUCAGUUUGCCAACAAAGUUGUAUCCAUGCAUUGCUCAGUUGCGAUUUUGGCAGUAUUAGCUGGUCUGCUGCCAUUAAGCUGUGCUGCUUCGUCCUUUGUCUAUGAAGAUAUCGUGGCCCAUGCGCGGUACCGUGUGGUAUUGACAGAAGACAAAAUCCCAGAAUCCUCAGUGUAUGCCGACGUUGAAGAAGAAGAACAACUUAAUGUCAACAGACGAUGCUUUGUCAACGCAUUUCACGUACAAUAGUCAGCCCCAGAAAUCAAAUCAAGUUAUAAUGAUGAGUGCCUAUGGUCAACCAUUUCACUGUACGAUACCCGACGUUGAAGAACAGCAAGACGAUUCAACCUUUUCAACAACCAAAGACAAUACUGAAGAGGACACGCACAAGAUUAUCGAACGAGGCUUAAAACUUCUGGAACCACUGAGUAAAGGAUGUCUACUUUACCAGAAACCUGGUUAUUGGACAUAUGAAUACUGCCAUAAGAAACAUAUCAGACAAUUCCACGUCGAUCGCAGCGCAAUUCAAACGGAUCCGCCUGCUCGUACACCCCACGGUCAAUCAUUUUACCUCGGUUUCUUCUCUCCUAGUAGUAGCAGCAGCAGUGGUAGCAGCAAUAGCGAACAAACCGAUGUGGCCGAACCAUCCACAAAUCUACAACAUAUCGGGGAUCAGCGAUAUCUGACACAGCGAUGGACAGGAGGAUCUGAAUGCGAUCUUACUGGCAAACCACGAACAAUUGAAGUCCAAUUUCACUGUGAUAUGAAUUCCCAUGACCGGAUAUCCAUGUUCCAAGAAGUUACCACAUGCCAAUACCAAAUGGUUAUUAGCACCCCGAGAUUAUGUCAAGAGAUGAUGCUGGCAUCGCAGACACAGUCCGAUGUCAACAAGAUUCAGUGCAAUCCUAUCGUACCUGACCACAUGCUCACAUCAUCUUCACCUGCUCAUCGAUUGGAGGAGCAGCCGGUCGCCGAGGACGCAGCGCCUGCGGAACCAGAACUGGGGCCCGAAGCUUCUUCAUCAGAUCAGGAAGGAGAGGAAGGAUAUGGACGCGUGCAACAGCAAGAGAUCAUUGAUCAACAGCACCAGAAACAACAACAACAAGAGACCACAAAGGAGGAUCUAUUGGCACUUAUUUCGGAUUUGACUGCACAGAUCAACGAUUUGCAAAGGCAAGUCGGCGGAACGUUACCGUUAGAGCAGUUGUUAGGCAGUAAUGGCCAACAGCAGCAACAACAUGGAGGUGCCGGACAAGAGGAGAUGGAAGUAGCAUUCUUUCAUGUGGACGAAAAUGGUGCCUUGGUACCUGAAGAAGGCGUGGAUAUGAAAAAACUUAUGGAGUCGUAUAUGAAGAUGCUCGGCACCGUCAAGGAAAAGCAAAAGCAGCCGAAACACACGGAGGCUGAAGAAGAUCAAGCACAACAGCGAAACAGAAAAGCAUAUGAAAUGACUUAUUACCAAUAGAGUAUGAAAAUUAACUUUUUUAUUCUAUUCGACAUAUUCUGGUUGAGUGAUG